AAUGUCAUGGGGGUGGCAUAACAGGGAGCACCACCUUUAAAUUCAUCUACUUAAACCAUCCAACAAAGCAGGCUUUUGUUACUGCAGCUCACCAGAUCUCAGCUCAGCUGAUGCACUUCGAGUCAUGAAAAACUUAGAAACCAAAGCACUGUUUAUAUUCCUCCCAAGUGUAAACACUGCACUCCAGACAGCAUGCACAUUGACUUCUGCAAGGAGAACUUUCCAGUGCAUAAAACAACUCUCUGCUUAGUCAUACUCAAAAAAGCCUUCCUGCACGGCCUGAGCACACCACGCCAUGGACAAAACGCCAUCAGCAGGUUUGAACACUGGGAAGAAAAACGCAUACAUGGCAAUCAAAGUAGAUCCCGAUGAGGAUUACUGUACCCCAGGUGCAUUUGAAUUGGAGCGACUCUUCUGGAAAGGAUGCCCGAAGUACACUCAUGUCAAUGAAGUCUGGCCCAGCCUCUACAUAGGAGAUGAGAAAACUGCGUUAGACCGCUACAGCCUUGAGAAGGCAGGCUUCACCCACAUCCUCAAUGCGGCUCACGGUCAGAAGAAUGUGGACACAGGGCCAGAAUAUUACCAUGACAUGGCUGUGGAGUACCAUGGAGUGGAAGCAGAUGAUCUCCCCACUUUCAAGCUCAGCCAGUUCUUUUAUUCCGCUUCUAAAUUCAUUGAUAAUGCACUUCAGGAUGAAAGAAAUAAGGUCCUGGUUCACUGUGCUAUGGGUCGCAGCCGGUCAGCCACACUGGUCUUAGCUUACCUGAUGAUUUACAAGAACAUGACAGUGGUGGAUGCCAUUGAACAAGUAUCAAGGCACCGAUGCAUCUUGCCAAACCGGGGCUCUUGAAGCAGCUGAGAGAACUGGACAUAGCGUUGGCAUUGCAGAGGAGGAAUACCAAAAACAGCCUACCAUCCAAUGAUGACGAGACCAGCACCAUGAUCUAGCAUUGCUCCUGGCAGGACUGUGCUACUGGAAAAGAAACUUCAUAAAAGGAGGGGAGGAAAAGGUGUAGUUAAUCACACAGUCACAAGGAUCUUUUGUUAUCUGGAAGGAAAAAACAUCACAGCCAUUUCAAAUGGUGUCAGGAUGGGAAAAGACGGGAAGCCAAAUUUAAAACGCUUGUUCUUAGGAUAUCCUAGCUUUAACAGUUCCACAUGACAUCAACAAAUAAAAUCUUCUCUGUAAAGGCUUUGCAGCACAAAAGCAGACACAAUGUAAACAAAACCCUAUUCUGAGUAUCCCCAAAAAUCCUGAUCCUAGUCCAAGCACAUGACCUUUAAAAGAGAGAAACUAGCCAUUCCUGAAGAGCUUUUGCAGGAAAAAUGCUGAAAUAGUUGCAGCACAGAUGAAGUGUUUAGUCCCAGAGUCCUGAAGGAUUUCCCAGGAGUUUGCCUUUUUACAUUGUUUCCAGGCAUCCCCAUUUCUUCACAUAAUCUAGGGCAGCACAGUGUUUAGAGAGCCUCCAGAUGAGGAUCAGCUAUCCAGUCUUCACAACGGACUUAACAGCACAACAUGCAAGCUAGAAACAAAGCAAGAUCCUUCAAAAGAUGAUCAGAUGCAUAAGCAGAUACAAUGGGUAACAAUUCAAGGAGAUAUACAAGCAUGACAUUUUAGCAGUUUCAGUUUUGUUUCUCCUAAAUGCUUCAAAUGCCUGAAUUUUAAAGAAAUCCUACACAUACAUUAUCCAAGUCAAUUUACUAGGCCACACACAGACACACACACACAAAAAAAAAAAAAAAAAAAAAACCUAUCUCAGUAACCUAACAAAAGAGAAAGCUGCUGCCGUGCUUCCAGACACCAGUUACCAAAUGUUUCCUCCUGUCAGCUUUAGUCACCCCAAUACAUUAUUGUGCUCAAAUACAGUUGCUAAGGCUAUUUAUUGACAUUAGUCCAAAUAUGCAAAUGGCGAUACCAGAUCUACUUUUCCAUCUACAUUUUUUCAAUUUAUUUGAUACAAGUAACAGCAACCGUGUUUAGAUAACAUACGAGCUUUGUCACCUCAAUGAUAUUUGAUCUUCUUGAAACAUACUGUAGAGAGGGAUCAAAAUUAAACCAUGUUUACCUUUCUUCCAUCAGUGAAAAGGUCAAGUCAUCACUCUCUCCAGCGGAAUUUUGCUUAAUUCAAUGUAUCAGGCAAAAGCUAUUUACUACCCCAUUGCGUGAGAGGAAUGACCCAGCCAGCAAGUACAGGAGAGCUCUUGCCUUUACCAGCUGGAAAAAUCUCUGUAAUUUUGGUGCAGCACGGACUGUAGGAGUCUUGGAUUCUUUUAAAAAAAGAAAAUAAAACACACACACAGGUGGGGCAGAAUUGUGCCACUGAGUUCUGUGAGUAUUAAUCGACAAAUCAAACAGAACAAAACAGAACUUGAAAUCCUUUUUUGCAGAUGUUAAUAGUUCUUUACCAGCUUAGCAUCUCCAGCAUGAAGGCCUUCUAUUCAUU